UAAUGUCAUACUUUUGUUUUGAGUGACUCUAGAUGUUCAUCGAUAAUUGAUCGAUAAUAUUGACUUGUUAUGCCACUAAAUGUUAAAUACCACUGGAACAAUCGAUGCUAUUUAUGUCCGAUUGACACCGCCUCACGUGCAUGGGUAAUUCAUAGGUAGUCAUGUCCUAAAUAGUCUUGAUUUUGAUUGGCACAACAGUUCUAUCACUAUACAGGCAAAAUGGCAAAGCAUAAAUGGUCACAGUCUGUGUUUGAUAAACCGUCGGAACAGAAUAGAGAUGGAGGAGCUAUAGUGAUGGAAAAACCCAAUGUUAAAUGGGAUGAUGUGGCUGGACUUAACCAGGCUAAAGAAACAUUAAAAGAGGCGGUCAUUUUACCUGAUAAAUUUCCUCAUCUCUUCGCAGGUAAACGCAAACCUUGGAAAGGAAUUUUAUUAUUUGGGCCUCCUGGUACCGGAAAGUCAUAUUUGGCAAAGGCUGUAGCUACUGAGGCUGAUAAUUCAACAUUCUUCUCUGUAUCAUCUGCAGAUUUAGUGUCUAAAUGGAUUGGAGAGAGUGAGAAUUCGAUGAAAACCCUGUUCCAACAGGCCAGGGAGCACAAACCCAGUAUCAUACUUAUUGAUGAAGUGGACGUCCUCAGCUCAUCCCAUAGAGAGUCCGAGUCCAUUCAUCAAAUCAAGAAUGAGUUCUUGGUUCAGAUGUAUGGAAAUGGAAGAAAUGAUGACGAGAUCCAGGUAUUAGGUGCCUCUAGUAUGCCAUGGAAAAUCCACCCCGCCAUCAGGAAAAGAUUUGCGAAGAGAAUUUACAUUCCUUUACCAGAAGCUCCAGCAAGAAUGGCCAUGUUUAAACUUCACUUAGGCACAACACCGCAUAGCAUACAGGAGCAUGAGUUUAAACAACUCAGCGAAAAGUCAGACGGGUAUUCUGGAGCAGACAUUAGUAUGGUUGUAAGAGAUGCCCUGAUGCAGCCUGUAAAGAAAGUACAGACAGCCACACAUUUCAAGAGAGUACGAGGUCCCUCCAGAAAUGAUCCUAAUGUAAUAGUCGAUGAUCUGUUGACACCGUGCUCUCCAGGAGCCCCUGGGGCUGUGGAAAUGAGUUGGAUGGACAUUCCUGGAGAGAAAUUGCUUGAACCUGUAGUUAGUUUUAGUGAUAUGCUAUUGUCCUUGAGCACCUCAAAACCAUCUGUCACGGAGGACGAUAUUCGAAAUCAAGAAGCAUUCUUUGAAGAUUUUUGCUAGAAAGAACUAUUCUUCAUCAGUCAUUUUCAUUAUGAAAUGUACUACGAUGCAACUGUGUUAUGACAUUGAUAAUCGGACAUGGUUCAUUAAUAAAGUGCAGAAGAUGACGAUUUGCACAUAAAGAUGGCGCACACAUGCACAUCAUUGUCCUUGUGAAAUGAUGUCAUCAUUUCUUCAUUCCUUAAGAAACUUGUUUAGUUUAUCAAUAGGCCAAUCCGGACAGACAUUGAUGGCCAUGAUUAAUUAUUUACAGUCAUUGCUAUAUCACAAGCGGCAUGAAUAUAUAAUAGUUCUGUAAUAUUUUUUUACAAUCCACAUGUAUACAUAUAUUAUGUGUAUUAUACAUUAUGUGUAUGUAUAUAUA